GUCAAUACAGCUAGCUGAUGAAUUUGUGGCUUUCGCUUCAAAUUUCAAGUCAGUAUAAGCUCGGGUCUCUAUAACCUUCGGGCCAAGCGUUUUACGUAUAUAUAUCAAUAUUCGAGGAACACUGAACAAUAUGUCACAAACUUCCCUCAUCGAAGACCGAAAGAAAGAAAUGAAAUCGGACUAUAGCACUCCACUAAUAGAAAGGAAAAAUACGAAUGGAGAAACGCAAUCUUCUGCGACCUCAUGUCUAAAGGCAAAAAAGUCUCCAUUGAACCCAUUGAUUCGAGCUGUCCGACGAGGCAUUCUGAUGACGCAGCGAUAUCUUGAAAAGACAAAGAAUGAGCACCUCAGUAUUGCAGACAGCGAUGACAUACGUAGAAAUAUAUUUCAUCUCAGUGUCCAAAGAGAGGAGCUACUGGAAAUUCUUUUAAAACAUUUUGAGAAGCAUGAACAGCUCAUGGAAGCUCUCCACAGUGAAGAUUUGAAUGGUCACACGCCAGCUCAUGUUGCUGUAUUGCACAGUCAAAGAAAGAGCCUACAAAUUCUUGCUGGUGUGGAUGAGAAUGUUUACGCUCUUCGUAGCUCUAAGAAUGGACAGACAUUGAUUCAUUGUGCUGUUGAUUCGUGCAAUCCAUACAUCGUACAAGAUAUUCUUUCGGUUCGUCCAGAAUCCCUCUUUGAUAAAGAUGAUGAAGGAAGAUCACCUCAGCAUUAUGCCGCUGCUCUUCAGGAAUCCUUUCUUUUGGACAUUCUCCUCUCGCGCGGUGCAAACAUUUUGGAAACAGAUAACAACAAGUCAACAUUGCUUCACGAAGCUGCUCAGGCUGGGUCUAUAUCCAACGUUGACUUGUUGGUGGUCGAUGAAGUCACUCUGUUACAUGCAACAGACAUGGAAGAGAGAACACCAUUACAUGUUGCCUGUGCCAAAGGUUUCCGAAAUAUUGUCUCAUUUCUACUGGAAAAUGGUGCUGAUCCACAAGCAAGAAGUACAGAUGGUAAAAACUGUCUGGAAGUCGCUAUAAUUCACAAACAAGAGUAUGUCGUUAACGAGUUGCUGAUGAGCACCUACUGGAAAGACCUCAUUUGUGAUUGGAAGAAUGGGGCGAUGAAAUGCUUUGCGUACCUUGCUGAGAAGAUGCCCAAUCAAGCCAAAUUAUUGCUCGAUCGUUGUGUUGUGACCAGUGAUGACAAGCGUCAUUCGCUUGACUACAAUGUUACGUACGAUUUCUUUCUUUUUGAUAAUGCAGGUUCUAAUCCACCUGCAUUUCAUGCACUGAAAGCAAUACUGAAGAAUGACGAAGAGAAGUGCUUGACUCACAAGCUUUGCAGGAAAUAUAUGAGUGUUAAAUGGCGAGAGAAAGGAUGUUACAUUUUUUUGAUCGAUUUUAUCCUCUUCGCGUGCUUUCACAUUUUAUUUAAUGUUUACGUCGCAUUGGUACGCGGUGGAAUUACUAAACAGUGGUUGCAUAAUAACGAGCACUCCAGAAAUGCUACACUGUCAACAAAUUAUCCACGACCUAUUGCAAACCCUGACGACACUGGACCAGUUAUUGCCACUUCUAUCAUUGUUACUUUAACAGUAUUGAAUGUUCUCAAGGAAUUUGUGCAGAUGAAUUCGUAUCGCUGGAAGUAUUUCAAGCAACUGACAAAUUACUUUGAAUGGACUUUGUUUUUGUGCGUUCUGUAUUUCAUAUUCCCCAUAAGACAAACGAAAACCGAACGUCAGUUUGGCGCAGCAGCAAUUGCAAUCUGCAUUUCUUGGUUUGAUCUCAUCUGGUUUCUACGAAGAAUUCCUGACAUCGGCACGUACAUUUUAACAAUACAGAAGACAACAAAAACUUUAAUGAAGAUGCUUCUGAUAAUUUUGUUGUUCUGUAUGGCGUUUGCAUCAACAUUUUACCUACUGCUGGCUGAACAUUCGAGAUUUGAGAACUUUCCGAUAGCUGUACUAAGUACGUUUGUUUCGAUGCUUGGUGACUUCAGUUACGAUGAUUUAUUCCUGAACAUUGGCUAUUACAAGAAUUUUUAUUCUUUCAAACUCUCCAUGUUCAUUAUUUUCCUACUACUAAUGGUGAUCGUUGUAAACAACGUGUUGAUUGGCUUAGCUGUCGGAGAUACCCAGGACGUGAUAAAAAUGGCCACAGUUCAAAGGCACAAGCAACAUAUGAGAUUCAUGAUGGCAGUAGAAUCUUCGCUGUUCGCUCGAUUGCCUUGUUUCCGUCGAAGAAAAUAUCCAAUUGUGUACACGGAAUAUCCAAAUCGCAGAAAAACGUUUAAGGAUAAUUUGAAUCGAUUUUUUUCUGGAGAAAUGAACAUUUUCUACAAUGACGAGGAAAGCGAUGAUGAAGUUGAACCUGACACUCUAACACGACAGCAUCUUGAGGAAAUUUUGAAAGUUAGAAUUGAAGAACAUCACAAGAAAUUAAAAAAAGAAAUGAAUGACUUUCAUUUGGAAGUGAUAGAGAAAGCUGAUAAAGUUUUUCAUAAUAAGAAAAAUGUUUUAGUGUCAUAAAAAAGGCUAUUAUAUUUACCAAAUCCAUUUGACAAUAUUGUGUCUGAAAAUUUGACAAUUAAGAUCUUGGACGUUUUCUGCAAAUAUUUUAGUACAACGCGUAAGGCUUGUUGUUUUAAAACUUUAUUUAGUAUAAUCUAAAAAUUAGUCCAAAUAAUUAAAACAAUAGCAAUAGUAUGGAUCUCUAAAGCCA